AUUUUCGAUUACAUGAUUAUGGUUCCAUAAUUGAAACACUAAUUAAUAAGUUUGAAGUGUUGAGCCCAAGCGUGUGUUCCAGCACAGCUGAUCUCUGGGUUUCCUUUGCAGGGGAGUCAGCACAGCACACACAGCAGCUUCCACCCGGCCCUGGCUCCUGUCAUCUCCAGCCUGCAAAGCCUGGUUGGCACAAAGAAAGCUUCUGAUCCCUCCCCCAGAAAUUCAGGCACGGAUAUGGGACCACGGACCGUUGAAAUAAUCAGGGAGCCCAGUGAUGCCCUUGGAAUCAGUAUUGCUGGAGGAAAAGGAAGUCCCUUAGGAGAUAUCCCAAUAUUUAUUGCCAUGAUUCAGGCCAGCGGUGUGGCUGCACGCACACAGAAGCUUAAAGUUGGAGAUCGGAUUGUCAGCAUCAAUGGGCAACCUUUGGAUGGGCUGUCUCACGCGGACGUGGUUAAUCUGCUGAAGAACGCCUAUGGGCGCAUUAUCCUGCAGGUACCGUGAUCAAAGGAGCACGCAGCUGCUCGAGGCAGAUAAGUGGCGAGCAAAACAGAUUGAGCGUCACUGGCAGUCAGCAUCACUGCCCAGCGGGGUGCUUGCUGAUGUGAAUUAUGAAGGUUGAAAGCAAGAAAUUAUUAUUUUUAUUCAGAAAUUCUUUAAUGCCACCCACACAGGCAGUGAGCAUGAUUAUAUGAAAGCAUAACAAGGGGAGAAAAAUUACUCUUUGCUUCACAUGCUAAAUCAGCGAGGCUUUUAGCUUCCAGCGUUCUUUUGUAAAACGGAGUUUGCGAGGAAUAGGAAAUGAUUUCUUUUCUUCCGCCCAAAAACUGUUACUGAACUGCCCAAGUGCUAGUUCUUCCACUCACAUUAAAAGAAGGGAGAGAUACACUGCUCUCUUUCCAGGACCUUAAGUGACUGCCGACACUGUUAAAUUCUCACUGCGUGGUAGUCAUCAACUAAGGCAGGCAAGUAUUUAUCCGCUGUGGUCCUCAAGAGUAUUGUCCAGAGGCACAGGGACUAUAACAGGAAGGGAAAAUCAGGUGUGCUGUUAAUUACCGCUUCUUAGAUUCUCAGCGCUUCAAAUGUGUCUGAGAUCGAUAUGCAGUGAGUGAGAGGCAGCAUAACGGCAGUGAGUUUCAUUAAAGCGUUUCCCUGAAAUGUCUGAUCCUAAUCACCGUACUUCUGCAGAAGUAAUAUUCAAUGGUUUACAGGU